GGACCGUGUUCUGCGGAGUUUAUAUUUGCACCAAGGUCGUUUAGGCAAAAAAAAGACCAAUUAUGUAUUCAACUUCAAAAUAAUGCUUUGAGAACGCUUUAUAUAUUGUUCGUAAUACACCUCAAAUAAUCAGUGCGAAAUAUUUGUACUUCUAUUACAUAUUGUUGCUUUUUCAGUCCUCUUAAUGCUGGGUAUAUUUUGUUUUGUGCUGUGUUCUUAAAUAUAUUUCCACUUGAAGUGUCGGGUUUUCUACGAAGUAAUCACUUCUUUGGUCUUGACUUUAUUCGGUAUUUAUGGUGGUUUAAGGACAUCUAAAAUGACAGAUUGGUUUCAUAGGAAUCACUUAAAGGCUACUGCUAAGUAUACUUUCGACGUUGGUGCAGUUGCUAAAGAUUUAAGCUGCAAGACUCUAUGCAGUGACGCUGCAAAACGUCGUGUUGAACUUCUCAAGUUAAUAUCGGAUCCAUCAGUACCAUGUGAAGCAGUCAUAACUUCCUUGAAUCGAUAUUUACAGUUAUUAAUGGGAUUCGUUGUGGCAACUGAUAAUAAAACGCCGUUCAGUAAAUUAAGAGGUCUCGUUUGUGUGAAAUGGUGUGACAGUAUAAAGCCGAAGGGUGAACCAAUUGUUCGCUCAGAUUCUAUCUUUGAAUUAUACUCAGUACUUUUCAAUGUUGCUUUAUGGUAUACUAAACAUGCAGCAAAAGUUGCUUCUAACGAAAAUGUUUCGGAAGAUGAAGCCAAGGAUGUUCAUUUAUCACUUAAAACAGCUGCUGGAUUGUUUAAUUUAUUACGGACAAAGUAUAUGCAUGAGUUUACAGAAUUUGUUCCAAACAGUGAUAUGGAUCCAAAUAUUCUGGAUGCUUAUAUAAAUCAGUCAUUAGCAGAAGCUCAAGAAAUUACUGUUGCCAGAGCAAUUGAAUUAAAACAUAAACCAUAUUUAAUCGCUGGUUUAGCUAAUGAAACUGCCAAGCUUUACGAAAAAUGUGGUUUGGCUUUAACACAAUGUAAUCCUAAAAUUGUUGGGAAAUGGAAAAAAUAUUCAGAAUUUAAACAGUUCUGUUAUGAAUCAUAUGCGUAUGUUUACUAUGGUGAGGACUUAUUGGAAAAGGGAAAGGCAGGUCAAGCUGUGGCGAUUCUUAAAGAGGCAUCUGCUCCAUAUGAGAAGGCAAUUCGUGCUGCACGUGAAUACACAAAAGUUGAAGGUGUCAGUUUGUCAACUAAACCACCUGAUCAUUGUUUUUUCCGUCGUCUGCCUGGACUAAUUGAACGUACACAUAAUAAAUGUGAACGUGAAAAUGGAUUAAUAUAUCAUCAGAAAGUUCCAAGUGUCGCUCCAUUUUUGGAAAUAAAAGCGGAAUAUGGCAUCGCAGCGCCCAAAGAACCUGAGCUCAAUUUCGAGUUAGAUCCCAGAUGGAAAGACGCCUACGUUGGUUUUGAUACUAGCAAAGUAGUGGAGAAUAUUUUAUCAAACUCCAAAAAUUCAAAAGAUCACAAACAUUCUGGAACCAAAGAUGAACCAGUUGAGCCAGUUCGUGAAAUGCCUAUUUUUAGUACUGAUAAGGAUCCGAAAAAUGACAGUGGAUGUGUUAUAUCAUAAUAUGAAUUUUUACAAAAUGAUCCUCGGAAUUUCGUUACAAUUUUAUUCUUUGAUUUAAAAAAGUUUUGUAUUACAGUAUAUGUAUUCUUUCCAUAAUUUUUAAAGAUAUGACAAUCAAUAUAUGUGCUAUGGUUACUAAAAAUGUGAUGAUCAUUAAUUAGCUUUUUAUCUUUAUUUCUAUUCAUGAUUUAUUUUCUUUUUUUUGUUAUGUAACGCGUGUUGAAUAUAUUGUAUAUAAAUAAAUCGCCAUUAGUUUGUCCUGUUAGAAUAUUUCUGGGCAUUGAUCAUUACAGCGUCAUAUCGACCCUACUAUUUUACAUCGUUCAUUUAAUUAAUGUAAUAAUCCCCGAAAUUUCUCAAGGUUG